UGUUGGGGUUGUCAGCGUCUGUUUCUAUUGCAGAGCACUGCAGCAGAGAACGUCCAACAACAGCAACAACGGUUGUUAGUCAAGCAGCCCUCGCCGCCCUUCAGCCCCGGCGGGUACCAGCAGCAAGCUCCUCGGGUUUACCAGAACAACAACUUCCAGCAGCCGGUCGAGUACAGCGGCCAACAGUAUCAGCAGCGGCCGGCUUACCAGCAGCCGCGGCCACAGCAGGGCCAGCACAGCACCCCGCCGUCACCGCCGCCAAACGCCAACCACCCCGGCCAGCCGCAGCAGGGCGGGCAGCAGCAGCCGCAGCGGACCCAGCAGAAGGGGUACCCGCCUCAGCAACAACAGCAGGGGCCACCCGCACAAGGAUUCUUCCAGCGGCCAAACCCACAGCCUCAGCAGCCUGGGUACCCUCAACAGCCUGGCUACCCCGCGCAGCAGCAGAGUCAGUCGCAGCAGGGCCAACCGCCCAGCCAGCCGCGGCCCCAACCGCCGCCACCGCCAGCGUCGGCCAGGCCGCCGCAGGCGCAGAGCCAGCCCCAGCAGCAGCAGCCCCAGCACUUUACUUACCCGCAGCCUCAGCAGUCGCCGCCGCCCCCACCCUCGCAGAGGCAGCGGCCACCGCCACUCACGCAACUGCAGCAGCUGAGCUUUACGUCGCCGCAGAGCCCGCCAGCCAGCCCCGGCGCGUGGAAGCCGCCUAGCAGGCCACCGUCCUCCCUCGGGGAGGCGGGCAGGGUUCCCACCCCUACCCGCUCACAGUCGUUCCUGCUCGGUACCCCACCAGCCUCCCCGCCGGCGAGGUCUCCCCCACCGGGCCCACUCCGGAGAUCCGUCACGUUCUCCGAGCAGCAGCAGCCACAGCAGCAGCCGCCGCUGCAGCCGCCGCUGCAGCCGCCCUUGCAGCCCGCACUCGGCUGGGCCCGCGUCCGAAACAAGCUCGUCUCGCACGAUAUGGACGGCGGCGGGCAGCAGGGUCCUCCGCAGGGACCCCCUCAGCAAGGCAUGCCACCUAGGAUGCCGAUGAACAUGAACGCUCCACCGCGCCCCGGAGGUCCACUAGGCCCACCGGGGCCGCAGGGGCCCCAGGGACAGCAGGGCCAGCAGGGCCAGCAGGGCUACCCCGGUCCCGGACAGCAGUUCCAGUACCAGGGGAUGAAGCCACCGCCCCCACAGUUUCAAGGCGGGCCGCGGCCAGACCUCACAAACCGCAUGCCGCCCCCGGGUGGUCCUGGGGGUCCAGGAGGUCCUCCUCAGGGCCAGCCGCAAGGCCCGCCCCAGGGCUUCCCUCCGCUGGGCAUGCGCCCACAAAUGCCCAUGCAACGCCCUCCCUUCAGAGGCCCACCCCCUGGCGACGGCGACCCGCGACUGCCGCGGCCCUUCGAGCGCUCCGACAGCGUUCUGAGGGGUGAUCCGCGGAUGAUGAUGCGCGGGCCUCCCCCAGGACCUGGAGGCGGACCCGGUGGCGGUCCGGGCCCGGGAGGCGGCUACCCGCAGGGGUUGAAGAUAAACGAGAGGAGGAGCGUGGACGACGACGACGACGUGGUUACGGUGCAGCGGGGCCCGACCUACCCCAACAGGCCAGGCCAGGGCCCGGGGCAGCCCGGUCAGGGAUCACCCGGUCAGAUGUCACCUGCUCCUGGGCAGCCGCCCGGCAUGGGCAGAGGACAGCCCCUUCGCAAUGGCGCACCGCCGGGUCCGCAGGGUGCCUCCGGGGAGGGCUCCCCGAUCGGUGGCUUGUCCCGGCCGCCCAGCGCGGGUGGCUCCGGCGGCAUGGACCCCUCCCUCGCCACCAAGCCUCCCCCGGGGCCUCCCCGUCCGCAGCCUGCUCCGGCGCGUUCCUUUGAUGAGGACAAGGACAGACCUCCCUCCGCUUCGGGGCCCGCUCGGCUCGGCGCCCUCCCCGGCCAGCCCAUGAACAGCCAGUUCAACAGCCAGCCCAACGGGCAGAGGCCCCCACUAUCCAGCGUCCUCGGCGGCGUACCCCCCAACAUGCCACUCAACACCACCUUCACCAAGGAGUCCAGCGAGCGGCUAGCGGGUCAAGUCAUCGGACACAAGGUGGACGACCGGAGAGAUCCCGCCCCGAGGCCUGGCCUAGACGGUGGCGGCAACGAUAGGAGGCCGGAGCAGGUCGACACCAGGCCGCAGCAGCCCCCACCACAGAGGCUCACCACGGAAAAGUCCUUCGACAGGACGAAGGUUUUGCCGGAUGCCAGGGAUCGGCCGCCCAGCGCGGGAGGCGACAGGAACGGGGCCCUUACCAACGGCAUCUCCAGUAAAAUCGUAGAGCGGACCUCCAGCCAACAACGAAUCGUUGACUCGAGCAAAAAUACAGACGGUGACCAUGACAGCGGCGUGGACGAGUCGACUCAAGGAAAAGACGCGACCCCGAACGGUGCGCUGGCCCCGGCCAAGCUGCCCAUCAAGCCCAGAGACCGUGGGCGACCCCGGGAGACCCGCGGACCGCGCGACCCCAGCGCCCCGCCCGCCACCGGCGGCGACAUCUCGCCCCUCAAGUCGCCGCUCAAGUCACCGAGGUCCGCGUCCCAGUCCGUGCCCAGGACGCCCGACGGCGCGCAGAAGAAGCUGCCGAUGAACAAGAUCCAGGUCGGCGCAGCGCCUUCGCCAAACCUCAAGACGGUGCGCUCCAAGAUCGGCUCGCUGCAGAACACGGCGUACAAGCCCGGCGGCGGGCGCGUCAAGAUCGAGAGCCGUAAGCUGGAGUGGAAGGCCGCCCCAAAGAUCGAGGCCUUGAACGACAAGUAUGUCCCGAGCGGUGGCGACAAGAAGAUCGAACAGAAGAAGCUGGUGUGGACAGCCAAGUCUAAGAUCGGCUCGCUGGAAAACACAGCUCACAAGCCCGGCGGGGGCGACAAGAAGAUCGAGUCGGUCAAACUGGACUUCAAGGAAAAGGCCAAGCCGAAGAUCGGAUCCAAGGACAACAUGACGCAUAAACCCGGAGGCGGAAAGGUCAAGAUUGAGGAACAGAAGCUGGACAUCAAGGCCCAGAGCAGGAUCGGCUCGAUGGACAACGUCAAGCACCGGCCCGGCGGCGGCGACAAGAAGAUCUUCGACGACAAGGAGUACCUGCGGCAGAUGUCGUCGACCAGCAGCCAGCAGGGCGACGUCGGCUCGAGCAGGAGCUCCAGGGCGCCGUCAGAGGGCAGGGCGUCGGGCGCCCACAGCCCCAUGCUGCGGUCUCCGUCCAUGGCCCGCUCGGAGCAGAGCGAGGGGUAACCGCCCUUGUGCGAGCGGCACGACGGACCUCGUCGCUGACGUCUUAUUGUUCACCACCACAAGGGCGAGAGGCAGCCUGGCGCUAACGCGGGGCGGACCUCGGCCUUCUGAUCUGUGCUGACUGUGACCGCGGACCGGAGCCCUCGGGGCAAAAGAACAUAGCCAGCGCGGGGCCGUUCAAGUAAAUGGCCGUUGUCGAAUCAGAUGUGGCAUUGUUUAGCAUUUUGUAAUACGAGAUUCCGUACGACAUGCACCUCUUCCACCCGCUUCCUGUCGGGGCGAAACGGAUCGCCAUGCAAUGACAGGGGGAUUUUUUUGUGUAGACUUUUUAUAUAACGCGUUUUGCUUCGUUUUUUGACCUUUGAUAUAGAGAUUUAUUUGAUUUGGUUGUCUCUUUAUACCGCGAGUGCCAUUAUUGAAUUUACUAAUUACUGUACAUGGUUACAAAACCUUCCCAAUGUGUCAUGGAGGGAUAUCACAAAAGUACUAGACCUAAGUUGAACCUGAGCCUCUGCCUUUUUAAUAUGUUCAGUUCAGAGCUAAUAUAUAGUUACCGCGUACUUUAAUGUAUAAAUUACUGUAAUGUAAUGAGCUCGCCGUUUCCAGCAUGAAAUGUUAUCUUAACGCUGUUCUACUUCUCUCCUUGGAGAACAUCUAAGAUAUCACAAAUUUACAUUUCCUUAUCUAGUUUCGACUGGUGAGUCAUAAAACGACAUUUAAAGAAACGUAUAACACACCUUAGUUUGAAAAGACUCCCUCAAGACAAGACUACCAAGACUCAAUAUUGCGUGUCCUAUGGUUAGCGUUUCGUUUUAUUUUGUGUUUUUUUGUUUUAUUUUAAUGUGGAUGUUUAUUAAACUUCAUAUGUUACCUUCAUA